AUGGCCCAGCCUAAAACCCUGGAAGCAUCCAUUGCUGAAAUGGAGUUGCUGGGACCCCCCAAAUCUGCUGAGGGAGACUUGGAGUGCCUGGUGUGCUGCAACCGCUACACCUAUAACCGGCUGCCUAAAAUGCUAACCUGCCAGCACACCUUCUGUGCUGUGUGUCUGAAGCUCCUGCUGACCAUCCAGGGAGACUCAUGGACCAUUAUUUGCCCCCUGUGCCGAAAGGCUACGUCUGUGCCAGGGGGGCUGAUCUGCAGCCUUCGGGACCAGGCUGAAGUGGUGGGGAGGCUGGGGAGACAUGGCCCGGAGGUUCAGCUCUCUCCCCAGCAGUUGGCUCAGCCCACAGGAGGAGAGGUGCCCAUCAUGUUGGAGGAGGAGAGCGAGGCUUCCACAAAUGCCAAUCGAGUGGCUGCCCGGAGGCUGACUAUCCACUUGCUGCUGCUGGUGCUUCUCAUCUUCCUCAUCCUCCCUUUCAUCUACCCUGGCGUGAUCCGGUGGGUCUUGGUCUGCAUCGUGUGCCUGGCCCUGCUGCUCUCUUCCAUAUUCUGUUGCCCACCGGGCAGCAGAGGCUGCUGUAGCCCUGCCCAAAGCCCCCUGCCCAGACAACAGAAACACAGCCACGUGGCCUCUAUUGCCUGA